GUAAACCCGAACAGUACUACUAACUCAAAAGUAUUGUGAAACAACAAACAAAAUCCGCUAUCAGGUCAACCCAACUUUAAGUUACUAAGUGUUCCGAACGAGGAAUGCAUUUAUAAUUUCGUGCUACUUAAAUUGUCUGAGCGAUCAUCACGACCUUACUCAAAACCUUUGAAUGCACGGAGGCGUGCAACGUAAUGACGUCAUUGCGCCAUUACGUUGGCGGCACCGACCGAACGAGGCAAAAAUCAAACCAACAUGGCGGUCGUGAAGCGAGAGGAGUGCAUCGGCUGCUGAAGUUAAGAAAACUUGUAAGUAUAAGGGUAAAGUCUUCCAAAACUCACUUGCAUGUUGUUUAAUUGCAUAAAUGCCACAACGAAAUAGUUUUUGUUGUUUUUGUUUGUCUGCGCUUUAUUUUACACAUUCAGCGUAACACGCGGUCAGUUACCGCUCUUUGGCGAGGACGUGUUGCGAACUGAGUGCAAUAAUGACGAUAAAUAUUUUCAGUCGACGCUAUUUUUAUUCUUUAUAAUUGUGUUUCUGCUGGUUAAGUUAACAUUUGGUUGAAAAUAAGCCGGUAUGGUCCGGUAAAGCCGCCUCCCCCUCGAAGUAAGAAGACGGUGUGUGUGUGUGUGUGUCGCCCGUUUCGGCUUCGUGUGGACGGGGCCUCAGUGAGCAGUUUUUGCACUUGUUUACAAAUUAAGCGUAACACGCACAGUUAACAUUACCUUACCACCGGUCUUUGGUGAGGAUGUGUUGCAUGAACUGACUGGAAAGGGUUCACAAUCUGUGUUUUAAAAUGUAUAAAUGACUUUAUUUAUUUCUAGCUAAAAUAUUCUAAUUAGAAAUUUGGACUGCAUUGUUUGAGUGGUUUCAGAGUGCUAUUUUUUAUGUCAUCCCACAGGAUCAAACGCCUGAGACCAGAGAAGAGCACUGAGCAGUGAAUGGCACAGAACCUCUGCUGAUGGCCAUGCCCCCAAAGUACCUUCUUCGUGUCUACAUAGCUACUGAUGUGGCUGUGAAAGUGACUUUGAAUGAGAGGCCAACAUCAGUUGAUGAGCUCAUCGGCAUCUUGAAAGACAAAGCUAAGCCAAGGCUGGACUUUGAAUUCACGUUACAGUAUGAGGAUCCGGACUUCGGAGGAGAGCUCUGCUGUUUGGUUGAUGUAGAAGACCUGCCAGAGAAGGGCACGCUUAGAGUUGUUAGAUCAGAAAGUGACCUAAGUUCAUGUGGUAGUUCAGACACAGAUAUCCUGCCUCACGUGCCUGUAAGCCAACGGCAAAAAACAUGGCCUGAUGUUUUCCCUGUCCCAACUUUUUGGUAUGAAGUUGAACAUGUCUUGCAAGAGGGGAACAGUGUUUUUGAGAGCUCUGGAAAGACUCGAAAAUUAAGCAGAGCACAAAAACACAACAUUAUAGAGAACAUGGCCUCCUUAAUGUACUCUUUUAAACCGUACCCAAGCGACAGGGAUGUAGGCAUGGCAGCUGACGCCCUGAUUAACGCUCACCCAUGUCUGAAAGAGCUGGGGUCUGCGAGUGGGUGGUACGGAUGGAAAAUUAGCCUGAAAUUUAAAAUGGGAAAUUACCGUACUGGGCUGGCAAGAGCUGGAUGCAAGGAGGUGUCCGUAAAUACAGGGAAAAGAAGCAGGAAUAAUCCAGAGAAAGCACAUCCCCACUCGAACAUUAAAAAAGCCAGAAGGGCUGAAGUAAACUUUCUCCCAAACUUCCCAAGAGGACAAAACGAGGACAGUUUGGAGGAAAUGAGAAUAGAGAUGAAAGCUGAAGUUGAUAGAGCCGACAGAAACCUACAAUCAAUAGAGGAACUCAUGCAGACAACCUUUGCACUUCGUCGUCAGGAAAUAGUUCAGGGAGACCCAUUGGUGAAGGACUUUCUGGAGAGAUGGCCUGCCCUUCAGGUCCAAUCACAGGUCUGUGCUGAGUUCCACAGGAUCACCAAUGUAAAUUUACGGAACCAGUUUUAUUGUGAACUAGAUCGGCACAUUCCACAGCUCAUAGAACUUUACAGACAGAAGGCAGCUCGUACUGGAAGGGUGGCAGGAGCACUGCGAGACAUCCUACAGUAUUAUGAAACUGAGGAUGUGCAGGAUAUCAACAUGAAACGCACUGUGGCCCUUCGUGCUCUCUCAGUAUACCUGCGGGAAGAGGACACACAGUUUUUCAAGACUUGGAACGAAUCAGAGGAGCCAGACAUCGAGGACACACCCAUUGGUAUUGUCACGAUGAUCAGAGAAAGAAGUGCAUCUCCCGUUCACUUCAGUCCCGUAUCCACAGCCAUUGUGGUGGAAGAUGAAUUCAUCUGAGGGACAUUGCCACGUUUGCAGAUGCAUAUGUGUUACUGUUUGGGCUGGUGUAUGUGUUACAUCUCGACUACCCAAAGAAGCUUGUUGGCACCUUCACUUUCAUACAAAAGGUUCUAAUGGGGUUGGAUGACGGUGCACCCCUGAAACCUGCUCUGCUCUCUUUGAAAAAUGACCUGCUUACAGUGUAGACGUUACCUGUAUGAUGCAUGUUUGUUGUUACAUUGAUUUAUGUUCCUUUUUGGUUAUUUAUUUGAUUUAUUUUUUAUUCAUGUUCAAUGACUUGAUAUCUGAUAUCCUGAUAUUUACUUUUUGGUUAUUUAUUUAAUUUAUUUUUUAUUCAUUUCAAAUUAUUUCCUUGAAUGGCCAUAGAUGU